AAUUUUAAAUGAUUUUCAAUUAACAUUCAUGAGACCAACGGUUUGUAAAACUCUAAGUGAACAUCACAAAAGGCAAAUUACUCCCAUUACAAGAAUAGCAGUAUUUCAAUUUAAAUUGAAUGAGGAGGAAAUUGGAGAGGCUUAAACUGAAGCGACGAGUAUGAAUAGGUAGAUUUAGGUUUUACAAUAUUAUCUUUUUAGUGAUCUGACUCCAUUGGAAGUCAGAGAUGGCAAAGUCCAAUGUUGUUUAUAUCUUUAAAAGCACUUUUCCAUUCACUCCUGCAUGUAAAUAGUGCAGAAUUAUGCAUGCAUGAUGGUAAUUCAACGUGAUCGAGGAUUUAACAAGAAAAAUACGGUGACUGGCCUGUUCAUCAAACACGAUUAGAGUCGUCUGCUUCAAUCAAUACUUGUGUAGUCUGCGUAAGUAAGCAGAAAUAAAGGCGAGACCUGGUCCUCAAAAGGAGGAAACUAUUUUCUUCAUUACUUACCCAAAAUUGGAAGACUGAACCUACUGUGAAGGUUACCUUCAUUAGACAGAACAAGGUUAUUUUCAUUGGAUACAGAACGGCCGUUGGACCUGUGGAUGUUUCUUAUACGCUUUAAAGGUAUUAGCACACCUGUGCACGUUGAGACGUCUCAGAGAAACCUACAACAGAACAUUCCAUCAUAAUCACACGUACAGAGAACUCAGACAGGUGCGUGUUUGAUGCCAGUUUACAAUGGAGCUUUAUACCAAAGAAAGUUUCAGAAACCGAGAUCUCCUGGAAGUUGUCAUACAAAAGAAAGAGGAUAAUAAGAACAAUCAUGACAUUGUGGAAAAACAAAAGGAACAAAUUUUGAAUACGCGCAGAACACCGGAAGUAGUCAGUAGACCAUCAAGUAGAAUGUCUUCCAAGCAAACCUCUAUACAGACUGAACAAAAAACAAAAGAAAAUAACUUUUUAACACAGCCAGAAAACAUUGCCAAAAACAACGUGUCACAGACAAUUCAAAGUAUGGCAAUCUUGUGUUUAUCUUCUUCCGUUGUCUUACUAUUGGAUAUUUAUAUUUUCCUCAUUGGAACUGGCGAUGUUCCUGAGAGUGGAUUUCGGAACGGUAGUUUGCUGACGUCAGCCAGUCAGUAUGAGGAUGUGACGGAAGUAUUCACAGCUUUCUCAACUCUUGUGAUAAUUCUGUCGGCAAACUGUGUGUUAGUGUGUUCUAUGCAAUGUUUUAUAGCUUCUAAAGUCAUUAAAACCGUCGAUGGUCCGGAGAGGGCCAUGAAAUAUUUCCGUGAAUGUUCCAGCAGCAGACUGGUGGCAGUUGUUGGUUUUUUCAUCUCAUUUCCAGUUUUUCUCUUAACUUUAAUGUUGUGUGUAGUGUUACGUUUAAAACGGACCCCUGCUGUAACUGCCGUGGUGGUGCUCAUCUUUGGGACAAUACUGGGCUUAUUGUGUAUGGUGCAGAACAUAUACCACUGGUAUGACGAAAUGUCUAGUGCUUCACGAGGACUUCCGGCGUACGAAGAUAGCAACAAAGACGAGGACGUCAACAGGGAUCUCAAUACUCUUGUGUAGGAAACCAUAUUCCACAGGUUCCACAAAGUCGAAAGUUAACCAGUGGCGUAGCUUCCAUUGAGGCAACCGAGUCAGCUGCCUCGGUAAAAAAAACCCCACCUUUUACGUUGUUAAAAUGUCGAUAGCUUCUGGGGGGCUGCGCCCCCCAGACCCCCUGCCUCGGUAAUAUUCGAACCCAAGGUACGCCUAUGUUAACGCUACGGAAUCAGGAUUAGACCAGGAAUAUAUUUGCAAUUGCACUCGUUUUUUUUAAAUUCGUGUGAUCAACAACAAGAUGGAAAUCAAAGGGUGAUGCGGAGUGAGUGUGUUAAAUGUUGUAUAUUAACUUUACAUCCGGUGCAAAUCAGUUGUUAUUGUUUGAACACUGUGAUUCUACUUCUUGUGCUUGACAAUACAGAGGAUUAUAAAAAUCAGUAAAUA